AUGAAACCGAGCUAUGAAGCAAUUGUUCCUGAUACAAUAACUUCAUGGGUGGCGAGUGCCUUUGCUAUCAGUGAUCAAUCAGGCCUUGGAGUGGCGCCUUCAACAUCGAAGUUGACUGUUUUUCGACCGUUUUUUAUUCGUUUAAAUCUGCCGUACUCGGUGAAACGUGGCGAAAAAUUUGCUUUGCAGAUUUUGGUUUUCAAUUAUAUGGAUGCUGAGCAGGAUGUAAUUGAUUUUAAUUGUAUGAAAUAUUUCAGCAAAGAUACAAAAGAUAAGAAUUACAAUAUGCGGAUGAUAUCUGUGCCAAGUGGAGGAAUUUCAAAAGCAGUAUAUUUUCCAAUUGUUCCUACUCGAAUAGGCGAAAUCUUUUUGUCUAUUGUCGCUCAGUCAGCAAAAGCUGGUGAUGCAGUUGAGCAGAUUCUUAAAGUUGAGCCUGAAGGCUAUCGAGUUGAUCGAAAUGUUCCAAUAAUAAUUGAUUUUUCAAAAAAAAGCAUAAACUCUAGUGCUGAAUUCGAGAAGACCAUUGAUUUACAAUUCCCGAAGGAUGCCGUUGAAGGAUCAAGGAGAGCUCGUCUUGAUAUCAUUGGAGAUAUAAUGGGACCAGUUUUAUCCAAUAUAGAUUCGUUGGUUAAAAUGCCUUUUGGUUGUGGAGAGCAAAAUAUGAUUAAUUUUGUGCCGAACAUCGUAGUACUUCGUUACUUAAGAGCGAUUCAGUCAAAUGUUCAAAUUGAGGCUAAAGCUGUAAAAUUCAUGGAAACCGGUUAUCAAAGAGAACUAACCUACAGGCGAGAUGAUCAUUCGUUCUCUGCUUUUGGUCAAAACGAUAAGCACGGAUCAACCUGGUUGACUGCUUUCGUUAUUCGAUCUUUCAAGCAAGCUCAACCAUUCAUUUUUGUGGAUGACCAUAUUUUACAGAAAUCCAUAGCAUUCUUGAACGCUCAACAACAACAAGAGAAUGGUGCCUUUGCCGAACGCGGAGAAGUUCACCACAAAAGUUUGCAGGGUGGUGCAGCUGAAGGAGGAAUACCUCUUACUGCUUAUGUUCUAAUAUCUCUUCUCGAAAAUGGAGUGAAAAAUGCAAAAGCUUUAUAUUAUCUCGAGCAACAUCUUGAAGAGAUCAAAGAUGAUCCAUAUGCGCUAGCAAUAGUGUCCUAUGCACUUCAUUUAACUGAUAGCACUAAGAAAGCUGUGUCGCUGAAAAUGCUGGAAGCACAUAAAAUUAACGACACAGAUGGUUCUGUUCAUUGGAGUGCUAAAAUAAGUACUUCUAAUAAAAAGAAGGAUACUCAACAGUAUUUCUAUUUGCCAAAUCCAGUCGAUGUCGAAAUGACGGCUUAUGCCUUGCUUACUUAUAUGCUUACUAAUGAUAUUGAUAAUAGUGUACCAAUUGUCAAGUGGUUGACUUCACAACGAAAUUCUUUUGGUGGAUUUAGUAGUACCCAAGAUACAGUUAUGGCGUUGCAAGCGCUUGGAACCUACGCAGAACGAGCUUAUUCACCAGUUUUAAAUUUUUCAGUCAUAUUAAAUAACGGUGCCGAUAAGCAUCAAUUUGAAGUGAAGCCAGAAAAUGCAAUUGUCUUACAAUCAUAUGAUCUAGUUAACCUGGACGAUGAGGUAAAAUUGCAUGCGAAUGGGAAUGGCAUUAUUUUUGCUCAAAUCCAGUAUUCAUAUUAUCGUGUCGCUCUUAAGGAUGAUCUACCUUUUUACUGUACGAAAGAUAUUCGAGAACUUUACGGAGGAUAUAGGCUUCAACUCGAUUUGUGUUGCAACUAUACUCGACUUGGUUCGCGAUCAAAUAUGGCCGUUGCAGAAAUUACUGCAUUAACGGGAUAUCGCUUUGAUGCUGAUGAGGCGAGUCGUUUAACAGAUAUUGCCAAUCUUCAGCGCUCUGAACUCGAUAACGACGAUACAAAAAUGAAUCUUUAUUUUAAUCCGCUUGGAUCAACUCCUGUGUGCUUAUCACUUUACAGCGAUAUGGUAUAUCAGGUGGCCGAUCUUAAGCCCGCUCAAAUGGCUCUUUUCGAUUAUUAUGAUCCGGAACAACAGGUCAAGAUUACAUAUAAUGCAAAGCAAAUGCGUUCAUUGCAAGAAUCUUGUCCCGAUUGUUGGCCAUCUGUGGAAACUGAAAGGAUAACAGAUAUUGUAUCACUCCAAUCAUUAAGUGGCGCCAAUUCUAGUCGUUCAGGUCUGAUAUUAUUUGCUCUAAUUGCUAUUAUUUUAAGAAUGCCUAUUAUCGUUCACUUAUAG